AUGGCGGAGGCGAUGGAUUUGGGCAAAGACCCCAAUGGACCCACUCAUUCCUCGACUCUGUUCGUGAGGGAGGAUGGCAGCUCCAUGUCCUUCUACGUGCGUCCCAGCCCGGCAAAGCGCCGGCUCUCGACGCUCAUCCUUCACGGCGGCGGCACUCUGUGUCGCGUUCAGGAGCCCGGGGCCGUGCUGUUGGCCCAGCCCGGGGAGGCGGCGGCCGAGGCCUCGGGAGACUUCAUCUCCACGCAGUACAUUCUGGACUGCGUGGAGCGCAACGAGAAGCUCGAGCUGGGGGCCUACCGUCUGGGCCCGGCUCCGGCGGCUGACCAGGCCCCAGAGACGAAGUCCGGGGCCCAGGCCGGGGGCGCCGCCGCCGCCGCCGCGGCGGAGCCUGAGCCGCCGUCGCAGGCGGGGCGGAUGGUCUUCACGGACGCGGACGACGUGGCCAUCUUGACCUAUGUGAAGGAACAUGCUCGCUCGGCCAGCUCCGUCACCGGUAACGCCUUGUGGAAAGCGAUGGAGAAGAGCUCGCUCACCCAGCACUCCUGGCAGUCCAUGAAGGACCGCUACCUGAAGCGCCUGCGGGGCCAGGAGCACAAGUACCUGCUGGGGGAGGCCCCCGUGAGCCCCUCCUCGCAGAAACUCAAGAGGAAGGCUGAGCAAGACCCGGAGGCUGCUGAUAGCGGGGAACCACAGAAUAAGAGAACUCCAGACUUGCCUGAAGAAGAAUUUGGAAAAGAAGAGAUCAAGGAGAAUGAAGCAGCUGUCAAAAAGAUGCUUGUAGAGGCCACCCGAGAGUUUGAGGAGAUCGUGGUGGAUGAGAGUCCUGAUUUUGAAAUACACAUAACAAUGUGUGAUGAUGAUCCACCCACGCCUGAGGAAGACUCAGAAACACAGCCUGAUGAAGAGGAAGAAGAAGAAGAAGAAAAAGUUUCUGCACCAGAGGUGGGAGCUGCCAUUAAGAUCAUCCGGCAGUUGAUGGAAAAGUUUAACUUGGAUCUGUCAACAGUUACGCAGGCCUUCCUAAAAAACAGUGGUGAGCUGGAGGCUACUUCCUCCUUUUUAGAAUCUGGUCAGAGGGCUGAUGGGUAUCCCAUUUGGUCCCGACAGGAUGACUUAGAUUUGCAAAAAGAUGAUGAGGCUACUCGAGAUGCAUUGGUCAAAAAAUUUGGUGCUCAGAAUGUAGCUCGGAGGAUUGAAUUCCGAAAGAAAUAG